UACCUCAUCUCCACCUUCUGGAGCAGGAUCGUGACAUUUAAACCUCACCAGGAGAGGAAGAGGCACUCUGGGAUUGAAGCAUCGGAGAGACUUAGCUCUUCAACUGCAAGUGGAGUUCUUCAUGUGAGCGCGCGUGAAUGUGAGCGUGCGGGUGCGGUCUGUCGCUACGCUGCCAUUUCCCUCCGUCUCCAGCAUGUGCAGAUGUGUGGAGAAGUGAAAACAGCAUCUGGCUUUGAGUUUGGCAACAUCUGGAUUUGGGAGGGGGGCUGCAUCCGCCCUUUCUGCCCAGGAGAGGGAGCAUUGGGCUGGGCACCCAAUGGCACGGCUCCCUUCCAGCACGCCGCUCGUCCUGGGUCACCGGGACUUCUUCUAGCGGGCCGAUCACCUGGACCGUACGAUGGAUGGAAGUCUCUGUGGAUUUAAGUGGAAUCGUGCAGCGGUACUUCAGCGAAGGUCAGAGUUCAUCAGCGGACAGUGGACUCGUCAGGGGAAGACAGAAGACACGUUGGUCCACAAACCAGCAAGGACACAACCCCAUUAAUGCAGCGGAAACACGUGAAGAAUGAUGAGCUCCAAAGAGGAGGAAACUCUCAGCUUUUUCCAGUAUGUUGAGGAGAAUGGGCUGAGAGCCUACAACGGCCUGGUAGCUCAGAACCUGGACCACGCCAGGAAUGAGAAGAAUCGGACAUUCCUGCAGGAGAAAAACGACAAGAAGAGAAAACAGGAGGAAGCCAUAAGGAGAACGGGUGAGGACAUCGCGACCGAAGGCAAACACCUGCGUAUGGGCUCCAUCACCAUGCCGGACCCACAGGAGCGCGUGCCCAUGCCCCACCUGCACGCCAUCGCCUGCGGCCAGGGCUUCUCCGUCCGCUCGCAGUCCCUCCACUCCGUGGGCGGCGGAAACGGCGGGGGCGGCGGGGAGGAGGAGGUGGGGAGCCCGACCUCGAGGAAGCAGCCCCCGCCGAAGCCCAGGAGGGAUCCGGCCACCAAGCUGAGCAUGUCGUCCGAGGCGGUGGACCACAGCCCCGUGUCCACCUGCCGCGGGGAGCGAUGUGACGCAGCUCAAGGCUGCAGUGAGGACUGCCGGAGGGUGCCCCCACCCAAACCCCGGAGGAACCCCAACACGCAGCUCAGCGUCUCCUUCGACGAGUCCUACAUCAAGAGCCACGGCGGCGGCGGCAGCAGGGUCUGCCCCUCCAAGCCCCUCCAUCACGUGGGCUCCCCCUGCGAGCACAACCCCUCGCCGCCGCAGAGCGACGACAGCCCCACGGACGACUGCGAGGACGAGCCCGUCUACAUCGAGAUGGGCGGGAUCGACGUGGGCCCGCGAGAGCCGCUGAGGAGCGAGGACGAGGCCGGGGAGUCGGUGUACGAGGAGAUGAAGUACCCGGCUCUGGACGACAUGGAGUACCGCAGCGACCCGGUGGGGUGCCGCUCGGCGUGCCCCACGCCGGCGCCGUACGACCCCGAGCCCCUCAGCCGCUGCUCCACGCCGCGGAACAUCCCCCUCUGUGACAUUCCCGCGCCCUUCCCCAACCUGCUCACCCACCGGCCCCCCCUGCUGGUGUUCCCGCCGGCGCCGGCGCAGUGCUCGCCCAACUCCGACGAAUCCCCCCUCACGCCGUUAGAUGUAGCCAAACUCCCGAUGCUGGAGAACCAGUCCUACAGCAAAUCCCCCACUUCCUCCAGCGAGCCGCCCUCCUCGGCCCACCUCCGCCGGGAGCUGACCGCCACGCCCACCCUCACGGUGUCCGGCCGCUCCUCGGCGCCGCCUCUCCCCUGCACGCUCUACAAGUCCUCGUCCUCCUCCUCCUACCAGCGGAGCCACUCCGCCUGCCCGUCGCCGGUCAGCAUGGGCCGCUGCCUCACCCCCCUCAGCCUCAUGCGGACGCCCCCCUUCGACGCCCCCAUGCCGUUCCCCGGCGGGCUGCCGCGCAGCGCCUCCGCCACCCCGCACGGCAAGGGCUCGCCGCCCCAGGACGGCGUGGGACGGCUUCACGGCUCGAUGCAGAACGUGUCGUCGGGGCGCUCGCGGACCCCCACCAGCCCCCUGGACGAACUCACCAACCUGUUCACCACCGGCAGGAACAUGCUGAAGAAGAACGCCAGCGGCAGGAAAUCCAAGGAGCCCGGAGAGACGGAGUCCAAAAGCAAGUCUCACAGUGAGUCCAAGCGAGAAGGGAAGGAGCGGCACGGCCACAGCAAGGAGUCGAAGCGGGAGUCGAAGGAGCGCCACGGCAAAGACUCGUCUCACAGGCGAGAUAAAGACAAAGACCGGGACAAAGACAAGGACAGAGGCAGCAGCGGAGCAGAGUCUCUGUCCCACAGACGCAACAGCAAAGACCGCACUUGUAGCAACGUAGAAACGACGCCUGCCCGCAGAGACAGCAGGGACCAGGGCUGCAGCAGCGUGGAGCCCAUCCCGGUCAGACGGGACUCCAAAGACAGAGGCUGCAUUCCCUUAGAACCCGUCCCCUUAAUGAGAAGAGACUCCAAGGACAGAGGGAUUAGCAACGGUGACCUAUUGCCACGGAGAGACAGCAAAGAUCGGAGUGGAGACAGACUGCUGGACCAGCCCCCCGAGCUGCUGCCCAGGCAGGACAGCAAGGAGAGGGUGAGAAAUGGAGUCGACUACCGACACGAGAGCAGGGAGAGGCUGAUGGAUCCGCCGCCCGAGCUCCUGCCGAGGCAGGACAGCAAAGAACGAGCCCGGAACGGCGUGGACUCCAAGCCGCCCGAGCUCCUUCCCAGACAGGAGAGCAAGGACAGAUCCAGACCAGAAUAUCGGCACGACGGCAAAGACCACCGGCCCGAUCUGCUACCCCAUCAGGAGAGCAAAGACAGAGAAAGGAACGAUCUAGAGCACAGACACGAAGGUAGAAUAGACCAGCCGCCAGAGAUCCUCCCCCGACAGGAGACCAACAGAAGCAGUAAGGACCGGGACCGUGUCGGGUCCAGCUCCGACUACAAGUACGAGGGCAGAGAUCGGAACUGCCACAACGGAGACCUGCCCCCUCCUCCUCUGCCCCGGCAGGACAGCAAAGACAUGAGCAAGACGGGUCUGGAGGUGCGGCGGGACAGCAAAGACCGGAGCCUGAACGGCUCGGAGCAGCAUCACUACGACGCCAAGAGCGCCAAAAGCGACAGCAAAGAGCGAGGAUACGGCACGCCGCGGCGAGACAGCAGAGCCAACUACAACGUGGACCAGUCCAAAGCACAAGAGAGGAACGGGCAGCACUCAACCAGCACCACGCCCACUCACCACGGCAGGUCGUCGGGUAGUCCGCCGACGACCGCGGGCACGGGGAAUGCUCCGUCUAAAUAUGGCCGCUCGCCUUCCAUGCCGGCCAAUCCUUCUCCGAUGGGAACUCCACAGAGGAGGGCUGCAGAGACACACCACAGUCAGAUGCCUCAGAUGCCCUGGAUAUGUGGAGACACCACCAUGCUGGAGCAGAUCGAGAGGAAACGCACCCUCUGCAUGGAGAUCCGCUCGCGGCAGCACCCCCACCUGCAGAGAUCCGCCGAGCGGCCGCCGCCGCCGCCGCCUUCGGACAAGAGCGAGGACCGACACCCGGAGCGGGGCCAGUGCAAGCAGGACAGCGCCGCCGUCCUCCCCAGCUGGGGCAAAGGCAGCGGGACCAAGAAGAUCCGUCCUCCCCCGUAUCCCACGCAGACCACCGUGUUCUGGGAUACCGCCAUCUGACUUUAACAACCGCCGCCUCUGCUACACAGCCCCCCCCCCCCAUUCCUCCCCCUGCAGGGCCAAACCGGAUCCUCACGCCGAGGACCGGAGGGAGGACGCUCGUUGAUGUCAAAAGGACAAACAGUGGUUACCACAGCAAUAUAUCUGCUCGUUCAGGUUGUCAUGUUUUCUUAUCAUCACUGGUGAUAUUUGAUAUUUUUCUAUUUCCUGUGGCUGGACUCUUGUAAAAUAACUAGUAGAUAUUUGAUGAUGAAUAGAUAUUUUCUAAAUGAGAUGAUGGGGAUCAAAAAGCAGCUUAAAUUAUGUACAGUAGAUGUAGAUGCAAUCUAAUAUUUGUUUUUAUGUUAUUUUUCUUUCUAAUCUAAUUUUACAUUUGAAAGCAUAAUCUAUCAAUACUUGUACUGUAGUAGCAUAAUUUUCUUAUGCCCGACUUUCUCUGUGCUCGGAUGCACUGAAGCGAAUGGACUAUUCAGCUCUGUCUAUAUACUUUACAUUUUCACUGUCGUAUUGUAAGUUGAAGGAGUUGACGUGCUUUAGAUUCCAGGGCUUCUCCACACCUGGUCCAGUAUGUUGUAGAAUGUACAACAAGUUGGUUCGAGGGACCGAAACAGGAAACUCUGUCCGCGUGCUUGGGUUUGUAUAUGAAACUGUGUGGUCUCUACGUCAAAGCCCUCCCGCUCGUUUUCCGUGGGAAAACCUGCUGGCUGGCUGGAGGAGGAGUGAACUGUUUUCUAAGAAAUGCUAUGAGGGUGCUUUUUGGGGGAGGUAGUAAAUUAGAACAUAACAUUAUUAAACAGUAUAAUUUCCAAGACCGGCCAAAGCCUGUAAAAGCACGAUAUGGGUGUGGUUGCACUUUGGAUGGUUUCAAAAAAAAAAAAAGAAAUCGGGGUUAGUGGCAAUAGCUGGCGAGUGCCAGCACCCUUACAUUGCCAUGCACACUGCGAGCACCGUGACAGUGUAAAUACUUGAUGCCAACGCCCAGCCCGUACAAUCAACACCCGAGCUUUUAGAAGAGUUCUUAAUUUUACUGCAGAUUAUAAUAGCCAUAUGCACUUGCGUAAGAAAUACCUGUCAAGAUUAUGCUUAUAUAUUUUUUUGAAAAUGUUAGGAGUAGUGAGUCGUGCCAUGGACGUUUUUAAUUUCAAUGGCCAGGAGGCGAAGCCCUCAGGAGACCGCCCGUGUGCGACGCUCAGUCGUCUGGAAUUGGUUGUCUCUGAAUUCAGAGAUCAAAUUGUUUUAAGGACCUAUGACCUAUGACGCCCGGUCAAACCGACAGGGGACGCACAAGGGCCUACGAGUCAAAAAAAAAGAAAGAAAAGAAACUGCACUACCCAUCAUCUUCCACCACAUCCAAUCAGGCUGGUUACAUUCAUCCCCCCCGCUCUCUCCCUCUACCUCAGCCUCCCUCUCACAUCAAUUGGUUCUCUUUUGCACAUUAAAAUGCAAUGUCGGCAUUGCCAAAAUAGCAGAGUGCAAGUGCAGUACCCCCUUUUCAGUGGGAAUCAAUGAUGAUGACCCCUCUGUGUCGUACCUGUGUGUGCGCGUGUGUGUGUGUGUGUGUGUGAGGGAGGGAGCUCUGUGUGUGUGCGUGAAUGUGAGUGUGUGCCAAGCUACACUGUAUGCAAGUUUGCAAGUUAAAAAUGAUUGUUUUAAGACAUUCACUUUUCCCCAUCAUGACGUUUGGUGGGAGGAGGUUGGAAAUGUAAUAACGAUGAUGUACAAUCUUUUUUGUGUGUAUAAACGUGCACUGUGAAAAGGUAGAGAGAGCACCGCACCGUCAGUCCUCUGUCUUAUUGCACUGAGUGUUCUCUUGUUUUGCGUAAGAAAAAGAAAAAAAAAAAGA